AUGGUGCUCUUCACGUUGCUAUGCUGCUUAUUUAUCAUUGGAAGACACGAUCCAACCCAGAUACCAGAAGAGAUAGUGAUCAAUAUUGGAGAUGAUGGAGUUCUAUUGUUUCAACAACAUGAUCGGGAUAAUGAUGGUUAUUUAUCCAUUCAAGAAUUUGAACCAUUGGUUUACAGAUUACUUGAAAUUAAUGUAUCCGGCCCUGUAUAUGAUGUACCUAUAUCAACUGAUGAUGAGAUGAUCACAUUAAAAUCAUAUUUCAUACCAAUAGUUAAAGAAUCUAUGUCCAAAGACCUCAAUGAUUCAGUAAGUAUAGGCCUACUUAGAACCAUGAACUCUCUCCAUGGUCUGGAGAAAUGGCAGAAUGUCAAUUUGCAAUGGAUGAAUUUUGGGGCAUCUCAUUUUUCUGGAUUUUUGCCAAAAGAUGUAGACAGUAUUAUGUUAGGAAGUUCCUAUUUCAUUAUCAAUGUUGAAAAAGGACUGUUUAAUGCUGCGUUAUCAAGCAAUAGAUACUAUCCACCUAAAGUCACGACAAAUGAAAGUAUUAUUGUCCACCGACUGCUGACACUGUUUCAUCCCAGACCUUUUGUUGUUUCUCGAUUCCCAGCUCAGAGCAGUGUUGCCUGUGUUCGUGCCUAUAAUGAUAAAUAUUUAGAUAUUGUGUUCAGAAUCCAUGCCGAAUUUCAAUUGAAUGAACCGCCUUAUCAUCCAUUUUGGUUCACACCUGCUCAGUUUACUGGUAACCUUAUAAUAUCAAAGGAUGGAAAACACAUCCAAUAUUUUAAUCUAUAUGUACCUAAUAAUAAACGUCUCAAUAUAGACAUGGAAUGGUUAAAUGGACCCAAUGAGAGUGAGAAUAUGGAGGUAGAUAUUGGGUUCAUGCCCUUGAUGCAAUUAAACAGUACUCAAUCAUCCGUCCCUGUUAAAAAUCUCGAAGAAUAUGAAUUGCUGGAGCCCUUACCAGAGCGACCACAACAUAAAACAGAGGGUGAAAAUAUAGAAUGGAUGGCCACUAUAGAUUUAGAAGAUGCCAAAAGUAGUUUAGAAAAAGCUUUAUAUCCAUUUAAAAAGGUUCCAUAUUAUAAUUUUACUGAAGCUUUUAAAAAGGCAGAAGAUAAUAAAAAAUUAGUGCAUUCCAUUUUACUCUGGGGUGCACUGGACGAUCAGAGCUGCUGA